AUGGAUGCUCUCUCGGUCGCCGCCAGAAUAGGAGGCCUUACUAGCCUUUCCCUCACAAUCGUGAAAGAAUUAAAUCAUCUAAGCACCGACCACCAGGCUGCGCCUCCAGUCGUGAAUUCAUUAUGUUCUGAGAUGAGGCUCACCAGCCGUGUACUCUCGCAACUCCAGAUCAUUGUUCUAGAUGAAUGGACUGGCAAAUCCGUGGAAGAUUUCACCGAUCCCCAAUUCCUGUCUUUUGCAGACACUGUCUUUACUGGUUGUUCUACUGUUUUGUACUGUCUUGAAGAUGAAGUUUGGAGCCUGGUCAAUAGCUGCAGGUUGGCAAGAGACGAACUCUCGGGCCUGAGUGGAAAGGAAGCAGUGUUGUGGAAGACGGAUGAACUCGAAGAACUUAUCCAAGGGCUGUGGGAUCAACGUCAAGCAGUGUCCGUUCUCGUGGAGAGCUUUGAAGUAAAAUCGAUACCCGACCUUCGUCGUUUUAUGGUCAAUAAUCGAGCGACUGUUCAACAGAGUCGUGAUCGUACAAAAUCCCUCAAAGAACGGUAUUCCAAUCUUGUUCUUGCAGACUCUUUUCUUCAUAUACCCGGAGAUGUGGAUAUAUCCUCUCACGAAUCAACAACGAAGGAAGAAGCAUACGAAUUCACCGAGCUGGUCAACAAUACACAGGUGUACCGCAGAGCGCGGCAAGUCAAAGCACAAAGUAUUGACAAGGAGCAUGUCCAAGAAGAAAUCACCGAAGGAGAUCUAAUUGACUUUGGCCCCGGCCCGGAGGAAUCUGGCGAAAGUCAAGCGCCGGACUGGCUAACGGAAGGAAGGAACCAUGAUCUAGAUCUACUUGACAGUGAAGAUACAACCACAGCUAUGAAGUGGUCAGAGCUACAUUCUCACGAUUCGGCAUCAAGCAUGUCUAGCGUAUCUAGUGUAACAGAGGACGCUAUACCAGCGACUAGAAGUGUUUUUGAGAGAGCACCAGGAUCUCAGACAAGGACUCCAUCGAGAAGUGUCCACUUCCACGACGCAGGUUCAGACUCAGUUGAGGACAAACUCAUUCCAACUGCUUCGAGACCAGGGUCGGCCAACUCAGAAGUACUAAACCAAGCUAGUGCUCCUCUCGACGCAGACUUUCCUUCUGGUGACACGGUUGCUUCUCGAAGCUCAAAUCAUGCUCCACCUCCACCUCCACCGCUGCCCUCGCAACACUCGAGACCUUCAUUUACUGAUGAACAAGACGACGAGGAAAAUGAACCUAAAACUCAAGCAUUCGAGAGAUGGGAAACUCUUUCCGCCCACUGGGAGGGUCUCACCAGCUUCUGGCUCAGGCGUCUAGAAGAAAACACUGUACAAGUAAACUCCGAACCUCUCACCCAGCAGCUCUCCCGACAAGUGACCGAUCUGUCAGCCGCUGGAGCUAAUCUCUUCCACGCCGUCGUGGAGCUCCAGCGCCUUCGCGCUUCCUCUGAACGUAAAUUCCAGCGCUGGUUUUACGAGACCAGGAUUGAGCAAGAGAAAGCACAGGAAAUACAAGCCAUGAUCCAAGCUAGUCUUGAAGCUGAAAGAGCUGAGAAGCGUGGUGCGACACAAGAAUUGUUGGAUGCCAAAGCGAAGAUUCUCGAGGCUCAGACUGAGCAAGAGAGGAUCCAACACAUACAAUCGAUGACUCAGGUCAAUCUUGAAACGGAAAGAACGGAGAAGCGGGAUGUAAUCAAAGAGCUACUUGAAACGAAAGUUCUGUUGCAGUAUUCCAAGAGAGAGGCUCAGCGGGCUUGGACAGAGUUGGGGAGGAGAGAAGGAGAAGAGAAGGCGAGGAGUGCGAAGUUGCAGAAGGGGGAAGGUGCUGUUAUUGGAGGUGAUAGCUUGGUACCUGUAGCUCGGGGGACUGAAUUGGAUCUCUCGCACGAGAGUCGAUUGUUUUUCGAGUUGGUGACAAGUCGGGAUCCUUCUGCGGAACAGUGGAGUCAGAGACCCCGAGACCUCUGGGACGAUAAGGCUUAA